AUCACAAAGCGCGUGUGUUUAUUGAGGUUAUCUGCUGUGAGUUUAUUUAUCUACUCUAUGCGUUUGCAAAACGUGAAUUAUGCCGUUUUCCUGCUAAAAAAAUCUUUAUUAGCUAUUAAAUUAACCUAAGAUAAUAUCUUCUAAAAGAAUCAUUGGUUAACUUUGAAUAGAAAUAUGAUUUCUAAACAGCUAAGUGUGGUUCUAAGCCCUAACGGACAAUUCGUUUUAAGAAAGCUAAAUUUAAUCUCGAAGAAUUUACUGAACACAAACAGCCAUGUUAAUCUUUAUCAUUCUAAAGCAAUCCGAUGUCUCUAUUCUGACAAAAGUCGGAUUAACAAUAUUAUUCUAAGAGAAUCGCAUACAAAAGCAGAAAUACAAGCACCACUGAACACAACUGGUUUUGCUCAUCGUUUUAUGGAAAGUUCUGAAGCCUACUCAAACACUUUGUCAUCGACACUCAAAGUUAAUGAAGAUUUACAGAUCGAAGAAAUAGAAAGUAUACUGCAGAAGCAAUGGAUCAGUAUGAGCAUACCAGAAAUUCUAGAAAACUUUGAGUGUCUUUCUAUUAAUGCUAGAAAAAAUGAGGAGUCAAUAAACCAUCCCAAGUACCAUGGAAUAUUAGAAGUAUUAAAGAACAAACUACCAGACUUCAUUGAUCAGCAGAUACACCAUUUCUUUCGUUGCCUGGAAUUGUGGAAAUAUGAUGGAACUGAGGAGGUUUAUAAAAGUCUUUUGACAACUUUGGAUAAUGAAUGCUUAAAAAGAAUGCCAGGCUGGAGUACAGAAGAGAUCUUGUUGACUAAUGAUCAUUUCUACAAAUUGAGAAUGGCAAGAUAUCUUGAAUUCACAUGGCACAGCUUGAGAAAAUUAGGUUCAAAACCAAGAAAAAUGACACCUACUCAUUUAGUGCAAUAUGCAUUUUUCAUGAAAAUGAAUAGAAGGCUGCCUAUUCGUCCUUAUGAGAUUGAGUACCGUGUAGAACAACAUUUUGAUAACUUUACAAUAGAAGAAUUGGCAAUCAUCGCUUUAGCUUUUUCCAAAUAUGAAGCUCCGAUUAGAAGUAACCAACUUAUGGUUAAAAUUAUAAAGACACUUGUCAGUGAAAUAGAUAAUGUAAAUGAUUAUUGUUUGAAAGCUUUAGUCGAUAUUCUGAGAAUUGGAGGGGAACCAGAAAUAGUUAAUCAACUUGAAAUUUUACUGAAAAAAAUGGAAAAUAAUAUUUCACGUCUUGAUGUAAAGACUCUUACAGCUGUUAUGAACUUGCAAAGGAAAGUUCUAAUGCAUAAUGAACAAUUAACAUCAAAAAUAUUGGAAAGAUGUGAGAAAGAAAUCAAGGACAUGAAAUUAGCACACUUGGAGAAAAUAUUAUUUGCAUUACACAUGUUUAACUAUGAUCCUAAAACUACUCCAUUUUAUUCUAUGGCUCAUAAUGAAUUAUUAGAUCCUGACAGAGCUGCAGAAAUUGAAAGGUCUCCAUCUUCUCUUAUACAUAUUACCAUGUUUCUUCUUAAACAACAAGUCUAUCCAGAAGAAAUAUUAAAACGUAUCUUGGAUCCUGAUUUCGUGAAUAGAACUAGUAAUUCAAACGUUUAUAAACUUGAUCGUAAUUAUCUUGAUAUAGAUUUUUACUUAGAGUUUGAGCAUCCAGAAUACAAUGGCCCCAGAUUAAGGAAAGAUCUUGUAAACCAUUUAAUGAAGUUUUAUGGUUCACUUAAAAAAAGAUCAGUUAAAAAAAGUGAUUCUGAUAAGACAAUAAUUGAGAUAGCCCAUAUCAUCAAGAAAAUUGCAAAGUCCGAGACAGCUGUUUAUGUGGAUUCAAUUAUGCCACAUAUUGCCAAGACCCACAUAAUAGUUUGUUUGGAUCCAGAAACCAAAGAAUUUUUAUCACCAUCGGAAAAGUUGUCCAAUAUUCCGGCAGGUAGGAUCAAAUAUGCACCCGAUGAUGACAAGAAGUGGUAUGUCUUGUCAAUCGGCUCGAAAAAUCUCAUAACAAGAGAUGAGUCCCACAAGAUCACCGGCCUUCUGGCAAACGAGAUAAGACAAUUGGAGUGUAUUGGUUAUACACCUAUUGUGAUACCACAAUAUGAGUGGAAUAAUAUGUUUGAAGAAGGAUUGAAGCAAAAGUACCUGAAAAAUCUUUUAUUUAGAUAAUAUUUAUUCUCAUUUGUUCACAACAACAUUAAAAUUAGUACUCCGACGUGGACAACGUUAAUAUAGACCUUUUAGGAUUUACAAGAGCUGCUUUUAUCACAAUAGUGAAUAAGUCGCGCAAUGUACAUAGUUAAUACACGUGAAUAUUAUAUCUAAAAUAAAAUACAUUUUAUU